AUGUCUCAUGGCGAUGUGCUUAGGCAUGUGGGUGCCGAAGGCGACACUAAUCCUGCAUGUUGCAUGGCAAUGUGGCUAGGUACAGGGGUGCCGAAGGCAAAGGGGAUGUCGAAGGCACAAAGCUUGCAUGUUGCAGGGCGAUGUGCUUAUGCACGAGGGUGCCGAAGGCGACACAAAUCUUACAUGUUGCAAGACAAUAUCCAAUUAAAAGACAGAGAGGGGAAAUGUUGA